AUGUCGGUUUCAGACCUCAUUGACUGGCUUAGUCUGAGCAAGACUUCGCCGCAAGUCAAGGUCACUACCCUCCCCAUCACCUACUUCAAAUUCCCUCCCUCACCAGAACCAACGACCGUACCUCCGCCAGUCAACAACCCGACCUUCGCGCACCCAUUCUCAAUCCCGGCGGACCUGUACAAUGUCCUCCUCUCUGCACAUGUUCCCAUCACGGUCGCGCUGGUGUACAUGUCACUGGUAUCUUUCCUGAACUCGGUCAAUGCGAAUCGCAAGUACAAGCCAUGGGCAUUCAGUAGGACAUACGUCUUCAAACUUUUUGUCAUUGUCCACAAUAUCUUCCUUGCUGUCUACUCAGCAUGGACAUGUGUUGGUAUGGUUAAUGCGUUGCACUUGUCGCUGCCGGAAUGGGAUCAAGAGUGGAAAGUCGCUGGAACCGUGGACGCACUUUGCAAAAUGCACGGACCGAGAGGAGCUGGAAGUGCGGCGACUUACAAUGCAACUACCAGCGCAUGGCAAAUGACGAAUCGCAUAAUGCACCUAGCUGCGGAUGGCCUUGGUCCUGAGAGUACAGAUGUGGGCCGGAUUUGGAAUGAAGGGCUGGCGUUCUAUGGAUGGCUGUUCUACCUUUCCAAGUUCUAUGAAGUCGUGGACACACUCAUCAUCUUGGCCAAGGGCAAGAGAAGCAGCCUCUUGCAAACCUAUCACCACGCCGGAGCGAUGCUGUGCAUGUGGGCUGGAAUUAGGUAUAUGUCUCCGCCAAUCUGGAUGUUUGUGCUGGUCAAUUCCGGCAUCCACUCAGUCAUGUACACAUUCUACCUCUGCUCAGCAGUUGGAAUCAAGGUUCCCAAAUGGUUCAAACAGACCCUGACGACUCUCCAAAUCACCCAGUUCGUUGUGGGCGCGACGUAUGCCUUCUUACACCUCUUUGUCGCUUACCAGAUACCGGUUAGCAUUCCUUACAUCUAUCAUGUGGGAGGAGCUGCCUCGAAGAUCGUGUCAGAAGCUCCAACAGAGAUCACCUCAACUGUGUCCACGGCAAUCGCAACAGCCUCCGCCAGUAUGGGAGCUUGGCUAAAGAAAGCACUCCUACGAGGUGCAGGUUAUGAAGGCCUUGCCGAAAACGUGCUGAACCAAGAAGGCCAGCCAUUCGGAGUCGAUGCUGCCCACAUCGUUGAAGAUGUCAUCAAGAGAGAGGAGACGAGAUAUAGAGAUGAGCUCCAAUGGGUCCAUUGUCUCGACACGAGUGGUCAAGUCUUUGCCAUCCUUCUGAAUUGCAUGUACCUCUUGCCUUUGACGUGGUUGUUCUUACAAUUCUUUAUCACGUCUUACCUGAAGCAAGUCGAGAGAAGACGAAGCCGAUCAGCCAGCGAAACUGCGAUGGUCGCGCGAAAGAGCUUUCAAGAUGCAUCCAAAGGUGUGGCGCGACGGCUUAGCGAAGCUGUUGAAGAAAUGCAUCGCGUCUCGGAUGAUAUUGGAGAUGAUACUGUACUUGUGGACGGUGACGAGGUCAGAAGAGAGUUGAAAGAAGCCGCAGAACAUGCCAAGAUCACGAUCAAGGAACAUUCGGCGAAGGUCAAGCAGACAGCCAGCGCUAACUCGGAAAAGGUACAACAGGAGUUUCAGCGUGAUAUGGAAAAAGCGAGGAAAAACCUACACGAUACUGCUGAAAAGGUCAAGAAUGCUGCUGCACAGGCCGGGAGCGACGAGACCAGGGAGAAGAUUUCGGCAAAAGCACAAGCUGUGAUGGACUCGACCGCUGAAACUGUCGGGAAGACCAUGGAGAGCGUCAAAUCUACGGCCCAAAAUGUUAAAGAGCAGACUCAGCCAGCUGUCAAUUAUGUCACGGAGAAGGCGAGCGACUUAAAAGCCCAGGCCCAACCAGCUGUCGACUACGCCACGGGCCAGGCGGGAGACUUGAAAGAACAAGCUGGGUCAGCUGCUGAUUAUGCUGCUGAGAAGGCGACGGAAUUAAAAGAACGCGCAGUUGAGGCGUCACAAACAACAACCUCCCAGUCUCAAGAAGGUGCCCAAGAAGCCACAGAGUCAGGACAGUUAGCAGAUGACCAGGAGCGAGACAGUGCAGAAGUAGACCCGGAAACAGCCAAAGACAAGGCUGAAAUAAUCAAACAAGAAAUCGACGAGAAUCUGGAGUCAGCAAAAGGCACGGCAACAGAAGAGGCGCAAUCGCAGUCAUCGGUAGAGAAAUACACAUCCCAGUCAAAGUCCCCAAACGGAAAUGGCACCGCCGCCGAAGAGGAGACUGGUCCGAGCGCGAAUCCGAACCAAAGCAAGUCUGGGGAGACGGCAGGAGCAGAGACGGGCGAGAGUGAAGAAGCCAAGAGUGAGAAAAAGGAAGAGGACAAGAUCAUCGAUGAAAGCCAGGUGGUAAGGGAUGAGGAUGUGGCCGCCGAUGGUGACAACAAAGCUGAAGAGGAAGGAGUGAAUGGAGAAGGACAAAGCUGGGCAGAUAUUGCGAAAAAGAAACCCAGUGGGGAGGAAGAAGAGACGAAAGAAGGCGAACCUGACAAAGACAAAGAAGGCUGGGGAAUCUGA